AUUUCGGCUCAGUCAUGAGAUCAGCGGUGUCCAGUCACAGCUGAUCACUGCUCAUCAGGGCACUGAUGAUCAGUGUGCCCUGAUGAGCAGUGCCACAUAUCAGUGCCACGCUAAUGCCACAUAUCAUUGCCUACCAGUGCACAUCAAUGCCACAUAUCAGUGCCCAUCUGAGCUGCCUUUCAGUGUCACCCAGCAGUGCCAGUCAGUGCUGCCAAUCCGUGCUACCUAUCAGUGCGCAUCAGUGCCGCCUAUCAGU